AAUAUUAUACGAUUGGUAACAAUUGCUCACUUGGACGUGCAGGUAUAGGUAUCGGUUCGACGACGACGACGAUAUCUUACGUACUCGUACAGAGGUAGUUGCUCGUAAAACGACAUACGCCGAACCGUGAAAUAGAAUUUUUUUUGUUUCAAAAGUCGAAGUUGAUAAUACACAUAAUAAGUUCAGUGUUCAGUACACGUCGAGCUAUUAAAUCGUUCGCUCGAGCGGCGCGAUUCCGAUUCGCGACUACGACUCCGUCGUGUGAUUAAUCGCGAUCUAUACGUUGUUGGCCGGAGGCUGGUCUAUGUGCAUGUGCCGGGUUCCCUUUUCGUCACCGUUAUGUUCUGUAAUCUAUGUAUUAUUUUAUCUAUUCGCAUGUUGUUCUAAUGGUCGACGUCGUCGUUGUGUUUAAUUUUGCGUAGAUUUGCGGUAAUAAGCCGGCCGCCCAAGAUACGAGUACUACUACUACUAUUUGGACGUCGCGAAAAGGUUACUGCUACGUUGUGACGGCGGAGAUCAGUUGACCGUGAUCGUAUACUUCUAAACCUAUAAGCGUCUAGUAAUCCCUCUCGUCCACCUUUACCUUCGCCUAGUCUUCAAGUCUCGUUGUGGUCUCCCGGCUUUCAGUAUGGAUAAGAAUCGCGAAAGUUGCGCGCCCUCGGACAACGUUGUCGCAGCCACCGCCAAGAAGUCGUCGUUGGCCAGCAUUUGCAAGUUGGACACAUUCACGCAGUUCAAUCCGUUCCCGUCGUCUAGGAAUAAAUCUAAAUCAAAAUCAGUCUCCAGCUGUGAUAUCAGAAUGGGUAAUCCGAACCCCGAAGACGUUACGUUGACCACCGGAGCCAUCAAAAGGAAGAAAAAAUCUUUCGAAAUUUUUCAUUGGAAAUUUAUACUGCUGUCAGUAUUAUUCGUAUUCGGCUUAUGUGGCACGACGAUAAUGUGGUUUACAACUAUUUAUCACGAUGAAAUAUUCAAAACUUUAACGCUGGGAAAUGGGACAAAGUUGCAUGUAGCGUGGAAGAAUCCUCCGCUGAAACCGUUACUCUGCGUGCAUAUAUUUAAUUACACCAAUGUUCACGAGUAUUUCUCGGAUGACAAUAAAGAUGGCGAAAAUAAAGGAAAGAUUAAAUUAAAAGUCAAGGAUACCGGGCCGUAUUGUUUUAGAGAAGAAAUUGAGAGGACGAAUAUUGUAUUUUUAAAUAAUGGCACCUCGUUGAGUUAUAAUGAAAGAAGAAUACAUACUUUUGACGUAGAGGCUUCCAAAGGGUCGCUGAAUGAUACAGUUUAUGUGCCAAAUGUGUUGAUUCUUAGUUUAUAUAAAGCGGUGAGAGAUUCCUUACGUAUCAUCAGAACGCCUUCGUAUAUGUUGGUAAAAGAUGCCGAAGUUAUAAAAAAAGUCAACGUGAGCGAUUACUUGUUCGGAUACGAAGAUGGCACAUUCUCAGUGAUCACCGGAUUAAAAUCAUUCUUCAGUUCAAGCCCGAAAAAAAUUCCCAAAAGAUUCGGAGUUCUAAUGAAAAGAACUGGUUUGUCCAACGAUACCAUUGUGAUUCGUACCGGAGAUGGUGCACUCGAUGAGAUGGGACAAGUAACGGAGAUCAAUAAUAUCACUGAUUUCGAAGCUUGGAAAUCAGCCUCGUGUGAUCUAGUCAGUGGAAGCGAUGGAUUAUUUUUCAAGAGAUCCGCCGUCCAGAACCACAGAGAUGUUCAGCUCUUCCAUAAAGAUUCCUGUCGAACGUUACCGUUAACUUAUGAAUCGACCGUCGAUGUCGGAUCUGGAAUUAUGGCGAAUCGUUACAAGCUACGUUCAGAUAUAUUCGAUUAUUCGCGUCGAGAAAACAGCUGUUUCUGUAAUAUUUCCAAAUCAUGUGAACGUGUUGGAGUCUUGGACAUUAGCACUUGUUCUGCUGUAUCCGAAGCUCCGAUGGUAAUAUCUCGUCCUCAUUUCCUGGAUUCAAACGCUAAUUUGGACGAAAACAACGAACCAAUCAUCGAAGGUUUCGAACCAGAUAUCGCCAAACACGAUUUCAGGAUCGAUAUAUUCCCUCCAAUUGGUUUGACUGUGAGAACGCUGAUGAGAAUGCAACUCAAUAUCAUGGUUAAUAAUCCAGAAAAUGAUGCUGAAGGUUUAAGACCGUUCAAUGAUAAGACUAUAUUACCCAUUGUAUGGGUUGAGAUGAAUUCCGGUGAAGUUCCUGAGAAAAUGUUCUCCUUACUGUACCAUUUAACUUACACGAUGCGUUGGGCGGAAUUAGCAUUGAAAUUGAUCUUCGUUGUGUUCACCUUUUUAAUGGCAUUCUUGCUGUUUAAAAUCUCCUUCGUGAAAUCAUCGACUAAAAAAGACUUCGUUCUGAUAUCGAAGAAACGAAAAUCCAAUGGUAAUAUGAUAAAUAGCGUCUAUGUUCCCAGCUGAAAGAUGUAAAAAAUCAAUGAAAUGAAAAAGACUGCUCCUAUACCGCCAUUUAUUUUCAUUUUUAUUUCGUUUUAAAAUAAAAUGAGCGGUUUAUUUAAUUAAUUUUCUUUUUUAAAAACUCGUUCUUCUUUUACUUGUUUUUGCCUUGUUGUUUUUGUUUCUUUUUUUUUUAAAAAACGAAUCCUUUUAAUGUUUUUUUACUUAAGUAGUCUUCUAGGAAUUCGUAAUCGCGACGAUUCUCUCUAUUUUACGAUAAGAAUUUUCUCUCUCGUAAUGUAUUAUAAAUAUUAUUUUGUUCGUAUAAAUACGUAUUUUUAGUACAGCGUUGCCAAUUUGAAGAGGCAUUUGUGAUUUAGUCUCUUGCCAUUGCUCGUAUGAUAAAAAGAAGAGAAAAUUUUACUCGUUUAUUUGUCCUCAACUUCCUAGUUUUUUUUAAAUGAAUAAAUUUAUAUUUAUUUUUUACGAAAAAAUACCUACCAUUGUCGAUUUGUGUGUAGAAAUGUCCUCAGAAUUUUGCCCUUUUACAGAAUUUAAUUUAAAAUUUGUGAUGUAAAGUAUUAGAUUAAGUUCCACGUGUGUCCUACGCCAGUCGCCUUGUAUAUUUUUUUUUUUAUCGAAAGGUUGCCAUAUAUGAUAAGAUUUUUUUGUAUUAGAAAUUAAGUAACCUCAUGAGUACUUAGUUACCAAGAGAAAAAAUUUCAUUGAGAAUACUUGCGAUAUUUUAUAAUUAUGUUCCCUUUUGUGUGUAUUUCUUUUCUUCCUUGCUUUACAUAAUCGAAAAAUGCCGAAUCAUGGAAGACUGUUUAGUAUGUAGGAAGUGAUCACACACGUCAUCUUAAUAUUAUGCACGUGAAUAUUACUCAUUCACAUCACCUCUCUGAAAAAAUAUCGUAGUAAUCAUUUUUUUUUUUUUUUUUAGUUUUAAUGUGGAAAUAAUCAAAUUAGUUUUAGGGUUAUUUUUCUUCCUUUUUAGAGUCGUUUGUGUUGUUUUUUUUUUUUUUUGCGAAACGUAUUUUGUAUUUUUUAGUCCGUGUAAUUUUAUUGCUUGUUUCAUUUCGUGAUGAUUUUUUUCGUUCUUUUUUAAAUAGUUUUUAAUGUUUUUUGUCAAUUCCAUUUGAGUAAUUGUUACUCUGUUUUGUGUGAGUGUGUGUAGAUAUUUUAAAAACAUUUUUUUCCUGACCUCGAUGGUACAUUGUGUUUACUUACAUGUGUAUCAGAAUCACAUUUUAGUCAUCAAUUUUUAAUUCAAAUGUACUAUUUAUUUGUAAAUACGCGAAAUAAAAUUGUGCUGCGAGA